AUGCAGUCAACCUCAGUGCACUUCAGUCCCGUGAAGGACGGACGUCGCGUACUCGGUGAGAAAGACACCAACGCGUGUCUGUCGCCCGCCCACCAGAGCAAACAGUCGCUCGCGGACGCCACAACCCCAGUCAAACGGACCCUGUUCAUGAACAUAUCGCCCAAGAAGCUCCUACCCUCACCGAUAUUUGCUGGCCAAAAACGGACGAGGGACCAGGUGGACGAGGCCGAUGUAAAGGUCGAACACGCGCAGGAGCCGCGGGGUCUUGAGGAAGAGAGCUCCCAAUCAACAGUCAAGAAUGCCAGCCAACAGCUCGAUCAAGACUCGGACACAGUCGGAGUCCGCGUUUUAACACCGUCCUCCGAGCUAGAACGCGACCAGACCCAAGAGCAGAUGGAUACAUACAGACCCUCAACCGCGUCACAAAGCUCAGAACAAGACACAAAACCUAUUCCAGAAGACCCGGACGCGCGAAAGAUCUUCAUACAAGAAAAAGCAGCCCUUCUCCGCAACACGCUCCAAUCUGCGAUGCGCAAUGUCACCGAUCACCAAAUCGAUCGUCGAGUGUCUGAACUCGAAGCACACAGCCGGAAAUGUCCUCGCCUCUCGUUCUCCGCUCUCUCAUCUCCUCUGCCAUACGGAAAAUAUGCCACACCUUCUCACUUCCGCACGCCUCGCAUCGGCACAACUUCCGACCUGAGCUCCACUCCUUUUCAACAGACACCUGAUCUCCCUAUGCAACAAUCAACGGGCCGUGCAAAGGCUUCUCAUCGCACUCCUCCCCGUACGCUUGGAUCUCCAAUGCAAUUGAGUAGCCCUCCAGCUACAGUUGUUCGCGUUGCUCACAGUCGCGAUGCUACUGGGGGUUCAAGGCGCGACAAUGAUGCUAUGCAAGACCAUUUGUCGCCCUCACAAAGAGGAGACGCGGUCGAUGGUUUGCUCAAGCUCAUGAGCACUGCCGAGCGAAACAGCACCCCAGGUUCAUGGACUUAA